CGGUUUGCAAUUGAGCUUGCAUUUGUAAUGAAAUCUGCGUGCUUUGCUGUGCUAACUUCAAUACGUGGGGUGCUUUGAAUAUCUACACCGCCAUUGUUGCCCGAGUUGCUUGAUACAUACACAUUACUCGCGGUGCUAUUGGAGGCCUUUCAUCAAUGAGCGUCGGAACCGUGUUGUGCCUCACCCAUUACACCUGCAAAAAAAGUCCAUGUAUUGAACCCCAUCAAAUGUGAGACGUGUUCGAUGUGAUACGAUACGACGGAGCACGCAAUUGCACUUUGGUGAUGAUUUUACCCAAAAUCGAAUGGGGUGGGGAGAGAUUACCCCGAGUUGAAGCUCCAGUCUACUGCGUGCGGUGUGUGAUUUCGAAUGGGAGGACGACUCAUUGCUAUGAAAAAAAUGAAUCCACCCAACAGGCAAACCGUGUGUUGUUCAGAAUGCGCGCGGAGUUGAAAAUUCAGAAUGCGCUUAGGGUUAAUAUGGGAAAUUCGGGGUGAAUGGACGCCCAAUUAAAUAAUGCAGAAUUAAUGUUACAUUCAAAACACAACCCAUAUCUGAAAAGGUGAACACCAGUGUAUACUCUAGUGCAAGUGGGUCAGGCCUUAUCAAGUCUGUGUUUGUUUUAAUUCUGCCCAGCCCAAACUGUCUUAGCGAACGAAUCCUUAAUAAGAACAUAGGCAUUGCGAUUUAAGGCGUUCCAAUAAGCUGGACAUGGAUUUCGUUCAUCUGGCCACCUUCCUUCGCAGGAUCGAAUCAAAAGCUUUGGAUUUGGGGGAUCGGAUGCAGAAGGGUUACAAAAGGAUAUGGUCGAGUGGCGACCUUGGCCUUUACUUACUUUGGCUUAUCAUGCAUCUGAUUGUUAGCAUAUGGUACUUUGCUGUGGAUUUGGUGAACUCGCUUGAGAGCUACCUUAUCUCCAGUGGUUUCAUGAAGCAGUAUAAAGAUCUUGACAUCAGUAAAGUUAGGUACCUGGCUGUUGUUCUGGACAGCGAAGAAGCUCUUGACACUAUGAAAGUUCUUGAGCUACUGAGGUGGCUCACGGCUAUGGGAUUGAGAAAUGUGUGCCUCUAUGAUCCAGAAGGAGUGCUGAAGAGAUCCAAAGAUGCCCUAUCUCUAUGGUUGAGAAGUGAAGUAAUGCCAAAUGGAGCUAACGGGGAUGCACUUGUUAAGCAGAAAUACCUGAGCUUGGAAGUUAUUUCUUUUACUGAUGGGAAACAUGCAGUUGCAAAAGCAGCAAAUUUUCUUCUAAAAAAACAUCAUCUAAAUGCUGAUGCUGAGGUUCCUGAGUUGACAGAGUCUGAUAUGGCAGAUGCUCUUGCAGAAAUAGGGUAUGCGGCACCAGAACCUGACUUGAUGUUGAUUUAUGGACCUGUGAGAUGUCACCUGGGUUUCCCAGCAUGGAGACUUCGUUAUACUGAGAUUGUGCACAUGGGACCCCUCAAGUCUAUGAAAUAUGGCGCCUUAAUAAAAGCCAUUCGUAGGUACACUAUGGUGCGUCAGAACUACGGUACAUGAAUUGGUGUAUCUCAAGUGACAUUUUCUCCAGAGCCAUUUAGAAGAAUAAGAUACUUGUUGCACCAUAUACGUAAGCAGCAAUGCUCGGAAUUGUAUGCUAUUUUGGCAUUGUGUGAUACCUAUAAAUGCUACUCAAUCAACUGUAUUACUGCUAUAAAUCAAAUAUCUUAUCUUUCUCUCUCCUAUAA